AUGAAGUCGAAGGACAUAGAGCUAGAGGGCAUUCCUGAAUCUCCCGGGGGAAGUUCAGCAACCCUUGGUCUGUCUGCAGCAGAGAAAGCCGUCCUGCAGAGACAGAUCGAUGCACCAGAGUCGCAGGUAGGCUUCUUUGGGAUCUAUCGAUAUGGCUCGCGAUGGGACAUUGCGAUCCUGGUCGUCAGCUCGGCCUGCGCCAUCAUAGGCGGCGCUGUACUGCCUCUAUUUACUGUCCUCUUUGGCAACUUGACCUCCACCUUUCAAGACAUCGUCAGCGGACAAAUCGCCUACGCGCACUUCCACCAUGAGCUCACCAAGUACGUCGUCUACUUUGUCUACCUGGCUAUCGGAGAGUUCGCAACCAUCUACCUGGCCACGGUCGGUUUCAUCUACACCGGCGACCAUAUCGUGCAGCAGAUCCGCGUCGAGUACCUGCGUGCCAUUCUACGACAGAACAUCGCCUUCUUCGAUACGCUGGGCGCGGGAGAGAUAACGACCAGGAUCACGGCCGACACGAACCUCAUCCAAGACGGCAUCUCCGAAAAGGUCGGUCUAGCCUUGACCGGACUAUCAACGUUCGUCACGGCGUUCAUCAUCGCAUACAUCAAGAGCUGGAAGCUGGCACUGAUCUGUAGCGCCACCCUGGUCGCCUUGCUGCUAAUCAUGGGUGGCUGCUCCACAGCCAUGCUCGGCUUCAACAAGCGCGGGCUGGCUUGCCAAGGCCAAGGCGCAAGUCUAGCAGAGGAUAUUCUCGACUCGAUCCGAACAGUGGUCGCAUUCGACGCACAGGAGACGCUAGCCACUAAGUAUGAGAAACACCUCAAGGAUGCAGAGAGACCAGGGAUGCGGGCGCAGAUGAUCUUCGCGCUGAUGGUUGGAGCUCUGCUGUGUGUCAUGUAUCUCAACUACGGGCUGGGAUUCUGGAUGGGAUCGCGGUUCCUGGUCGACGACGGGAGCCAUGUCAAGGCCGGUGAUGUGCUGACGAUCCUGAUGGCGAUCAUUCUCGGAUCGUACAACCUGGGCAAUAUUGCGCCCAACACUCAGGCGCUGUCCACUGCGGUUGCGGCCGCGACCAAGCUGUAUAGCACGAUCGAUCGGCAAUCUCCCCUAGACGCGUCAUUCGACACGGGCAUCACCCUGGACCAUGUCCGUGGAAACAUCGUUUUGCAAAAUAUCCGCCACGUCUACCCGUCUCGGCCCGAGGUCAUCGUCGCGCACGACCUGAGCGUCUAUAUCCCAGCCGGCAAAACCACAGCCUUUGUCGGACCAUCGGGAUCCGGCAAAAGCACCAUCAUCGGACUCCUCGAACGCUUCUACAGCCCGGUCGCGGGGAAUAUCCUGCUCGACGGACAUGAUAUCCAGCAGUUGAAUCUUCGCUGGCUGCGCCAGCAAAUGGCACUUGUUUCGCAAGAACCACGGCUCUUCGCCGCCACGAUCGCGGAGAACAUCCGGGUCGGACUCAUCGGCUCGAAGCAUGAACACGAACCCCCUCAGCAGAUACAGAAACGGAUCGAGGAUGCAGCCCGCAUGGCAAAUGCGCACGACUUCAUCAUGGCCCUGCCGGAUGGCUACGAAACCAACAUCGGGGGUUUCUCGCUCUCCGGGGGCCAGAAGCAGCGCAUCGCGAUUGCCAGGGCCAUCGUCAAAGACCCGAAAAUCCUGUUGCUGGACGAGGCGACUUCCGCUCUUGACACAAAAUCCGAGGGGCUGGUGCAGGCGGCGCUGGAGAAGGCGUCGCAGGGCCGGACGACCGUGGUGAUUGCGCACCGGCUGUCCACCAUCAAAGAAGCGCAUGAUAUCGUCGUCCUAAACAAUGGAUGCAUUGUCGAGCAGGGCUCGCAUGACCGUCUCAUGGACAGAAGGGGCGUCUACUACGGCAUGGUCAAGGCGCAGCAGAUCAAGAAACGGCUCACGCGGAUGAGCCAGAUGGCUCGGAGCCCGAUGCGGACGUUUUUCUUUGACCUGGACUAUCCGACAGACGAUGACGUCUCGGAGUAUGAUGCUCAGGACGACGCGUCUGACAUUGGGCUGAAGACGGGAGAGCGGCUGAAGCAGCGGAUGUCUCGCCUGUCGAUAUCGGCGCUACCGGUGCACCUGCACAAAGCCAAAGAGAUGUCCUACUCACUCUGGACGCUGUUCAAAUUCCUCGCCUCGUUCAACCGCCCCGAAUGGCCGCUUCUGGCGCUGGGGCUGGCUGCAUCCGUCCUCGCCGGAGGCAUCCAGCCCUCGCAGGCCGUCCUUUUCGCCAAAGCCGUCAGCACGCUGAGUCUCCCGCCCUGGGAAUACCCCAAGCUCCGGCACGACGCGAGCUUCUGGUCGCUCAUGUUCCUCAUGCUCGGGCUUGUCACGUUUCUUCUGUAUGCCUUCCAAGGGAGCUUAUUCGCCUACUGCGCCGAGAAAAUGGUCUACCGGGCCCGCAGCCAGGCCUUCCGCGUAAUGCUCCACCAGGACAUAUCCUUUUUCGACGAGCCGGAGAACACCACGGGCGCGUUGACCGCGACGCUGAGCGCAGAGACAAAGCAACUGGCCGGCAUCAGCGGCGUCACGCUCGGCACCCUGCUCAUCGUCUCGGUGAACCUGGUCGCCUCGCUGGGUAUCGCAAUCGUCAUGGGCUGGAAGCUCGCGCUGGUGUGCAUCUCCGCCGUGCCUGUCCUCCUGCUCUGCGGCUUUAUCCGCGUCUGGAUGCUGGACAAGUUCCAGCGGCGCGCCAAGGCAGCGUACCAGCAGUCGGCCAGCUCCGCCUGCGAAGCGGCCUCGGCGAUUCGCACGGUCGCUUCGUUGACGAUGGAGGGGGAGGUUUUAGAGUCGUAUCAAACGCAGCUGCAGGACCAGCUCAAGCGGGAUCUCCUCCCCAUCGUCAAAUCGUCGCUCCUGUAUGCCAGCUCGCAGGCCCUGCCGUUCUUGUGCAUGGCUCUGGGAUUCUGGUACGGUGGGACGCUUCUCGGGCAUGGAGAGUACUCCCUCUUCCAGUUUUACGUCUGCUUCAGCGAGGUGAUCUUCGGCGCGCAGGCGGCGGGAACCGUCUUCUCGCACGCACCAGAUUUGGGAAAGGCGAAGCACGCCGCCGGGGAAUUCAAGCGGCUCUUCAGCGGCGAGACCAUGCAGUCGAAGUGCAGGGCUGCGGCACGCCACAAAUCCCAGCCAGAGAUGCGCGGGCUGAUUGAAUUCCGCGACGUCUCCUUCCGGUACCCGAGCCGGAUGGACCAACCGGUGCUACGCAGACUGAAUCUAACCGUCAAACCCGGCCAGUUCGUCGCCCUGGUCGGCGCCAGCGGCAGCGGGAAGAGCACGAUCAUCUCCCUGCUGGAAAGAUUCUACAACCCUCUGACGGGGGGAAUCUACGUCGACGGCAGUAAUAUUGCUGCCUGGGACCUCACCUCGUACCGAAGCCACCUGGCGCUGGUCAGCCAGGAACCGGCGUUAUUCCAGGGGACGAUCCGCGAGAAUAUUCUCCUGGGGAGUACCCGGCCGUACACGUCGGAAGACGAGCUGAUCAAGGCGUGCAAGGACGCAAAUAUCUACGAUUUUAUCAUUUCUCUCCCACAAGGCUUCGAAACGAUUGUCGGCACAAAAGGGGGCAUGCUCUCCGGCGGCCAGAAACAGCGCAUCGCCAUUGCGCGCGCCCUCAUCCGUGAUCCGCGGAUCUUACUGCUAGAUGAGGCAACCUCUGCGCUAGACUCGGAGUCGGAGAAGGUGGUGCAGGCUGCGCUAGACGCGGCGGCCCAGGGCCGGACGACGAUUGCCGUGGCGCAUCGGUUAAGUACCAUCCAGCGGGCAGAUGUGAUCUACGUGCUGGAUCAGGGGGCGGUGGUGGAGUCAGGGACGCAUGAGGCCCUGCUUCGCAAGCGAGGGCGGUAUUUUGAGUUGGUCAAUCUGCAGGAUCUGGCCUGA